AUGACCGUUGUCACUUCAACCAUGGUGGACUCUGGUUGCACCAUCUCUGGGUUGAGCUGCAGAAAUAUGUUAUUCAAACAAUUUCUGUGCUGGCGAAAUCUCAAGCACCCAAACCAGGUCAUCGGCAUUACAUUUAUAGACAGCUCCGUCCAUGAAGAUAUUUCUAAGAUGAUAAUUUACGCUACCCAUGAUGUCUUGACCGAGAAUGAUUCUCCACUCGGUUAUUUUCUCUUACGGUGUGUAUGCCUUUACCUCGAGAUGGACAUGUAUGCUGCUCUGGAGGUUCACACAACAAAUACAAUCAAGGAGGGGAGACAUACUGUCCAAGCGUUCACAGCACUCAUGAAGCAAUACAUGACACAAACCACUGAUGACAACAUGAAGAAUUGGAACUUUCCGAAACUGCACAUGACGACACAUAUAUUCAACGACAUCGAGGCUAAAGGCGCCACACGCAAUUACAACACCAAACCGUAUGAGCAAAUGCACGGGCCCUUGAAGGACUGGUACUUGAACCGGACAAACUUCAAAAAUGUUGCGGAGCAGCGGAAAUCAGAUGGCAACUCGGAGGAUGACGAUUCGUUAGAUGACGAUGAAAAUACCGACAUCGGCGUGGAUAGUACUUUAGAUCCAUCACAACAUGUGAGAAUGGGAUCAAGACAAGCUGUGCAGACUUUCUGUUCCAUCGAGAAUGCGCAAAAGACCCGUGUCGAAUUCACUAACUUUCGCAUCAAGCUGAAUGCAUUCUUAAACAUCUUUCUACCUGCCUGCAACAUUCCACUGCCAAAUGGAAGAAGAAUCCACUUACAAUCAGAUGAUACUGUUACCGAGUAUCAAUUCUUACACAUCAACUACGAAUCCCUGGUAGACUGGAAACAGAAUACCGACUAUCUCCGGUGCAGCCCUCAGUUCUUCAAUGCGCCGCAUUAUGACUGUGUCUUCAUCCGGACACAGAAUGGCGUCAUCCUCGGACAUUUAGUCUUCCUUUUUCAAUGCGCCAUUGGGAAUGGCUUAUUUCCCCUCACUCUCAUCCACCCCUUUGACACUCUGACAGGGCCAUGA